CCAAAAGUCAUUAAUCGUCCCAAACAAUUUGCACACCCAUAUAGUUUGUUGUUCUGAAGAUCACUCACUCUAUAGAUCUCUACACUACAUAUUGACACACACACACACGUAUAUAUAUAUACACAUACACGUUCAAUUAAGAGAUAUUUGCUACUUUGAUGCUGUAAACCUUCAAGAAAAUUGUAGAGAGACCCAGUUCUCAAAUUUGAAUAUUCCAAUUUUUAUGGUGUGAUUUGGAUUGCACAGAUCCACUUGAAGAUUUCUUGUGGAUCCACAAGCAUUUGCAUCAACCAUUUGUAUUGGCGAGCCGUGGAUCGAGCAUUACAGAGGAUUGUGUUGGUUUUUUUCAGGAUGUUUCGCGUUGGGUUUUUGAAUCUCAGCUCAAAUCUUGAUUUUGCUUUUGUCUGAUAUGGAUUUUGGGGUUAAAUCGGGAAGAUAUUUAUCGAGUUUUAAUUGCUUUUCUUGGAGAUUUAGCGUGUUUGGUGGAACUAUAUUCAUCUCAUGUGGAUGUGAUAGGAGUUUAGGCGGUGAAUUCUAAUUAGGGUUUGGAGGAAAAGAUGUUUUGGAGGGAACGUGAGAGGGAGAGCAAAGAGCAGAACGGUGGACCACCUUGCGGGCAGGUCCGAGUGCUUGUUGUUGGAGACUCAGGUGUGGGGAAAACUUCUAUUGUUCAUUUGAUUGCCAAAGGUUCUUCCAUUGCUCGUCCUCCUCAAACGGUUGGAUGUACGGUUGCUGUGAAGCACAUUACUUAUGGAAAUUCUGGCAGCUCUUCAAAUAGCAUUAAAGGUGACAGUGAGAGGGAUUUCUUUAUUGAACUUUGGGAUGUGUCUGGACAUGAGCGUUACAAAGAUUGCCGGUCUCUUUUCUAUUCACAAAUUAACGGUGUUAUUUUUGUUCAUGAUCUAUCUCAGAGAAGGACAAAGACAGGCUUGCAAAAGUGGGCAGCAGAGAUAGCAGCAACUGGAUCGUUUUCGGCCCCUCUAGGGUCUGGAGGUCCUGGUGGCCUUCCUGUCCCCUACAUUGUGAUUGGUAACAAGGCAGAUAUUGCAGCAAAAGAGGGCACAAGAGGAAGCAGUGGCAAUCUUGUUGAUGUAGCACGACAGUGGGUUGAGAAGCAGGGUUUGCUUCCAUCAAGUGAGGAACUCCCAUUGACUGAGAGUUUUCCUGGCAGUGGAGGCCUUCUAGCAGCUGCAAAAGAAGCUAGAUAUGACAAGGAAGCUUUAGUGAAGUUUUUCCGUAUGUUGAUCAGGAGGAGAUAUUUUUCAGAUGACUUAUCUGCACCAAACCCGUGGUCUUCUACGUCUCAGAGAUCACUGCAGCAGCGGUCAAAUGAAAAUUUGAGUGAUGAAGAUCAGUUGUACAAGCGUACAACUACAAGUUUAGGUGGCGAUCCGUACAAGUACAAUGUACUCCCUCCACUUCCAGCUCAACGCAAUCUCACACCACCUCCCACGCUUUAUCCUCAGCAGCCAAUGUCGACGCCUGAAAACUAUAACCUCCCAAGAUUUGCUUUGACUGGUGUCCCAGAAAUCAGCAGUGCCAGAUCAAAGCGCUCAGAUAUCAACGUUUGAUGAUCACAAUCCCUUAUUAUUUCCAAAAGGAGUAUAAUCUUCCAAGAGAGCAGAAUUUAUCUUUGCAUCAACAGUCUUCACUAGCUCAGUCAUCUUCUCUUCAUUCACUGACAAUUUUCCAUUAAAACUGCUACCAUGAGGAUUAGGAGAUAAUAGAGAGGGAUGGACAGGCAGUAUGCCGUCCAUGAACAGUGACCAAGUCGGUUCGCAGCUCUUUUCCGGCUCACUCUGCGCCGCUGGUGCCUGCUCUGGCACACACUCUGGGCUGGUUUUCCCCUGCUCGCUCUUUGCCUCUGUUGCCUGCUCUGGCACACACCCUGGGUUGGUUUUCUCCGGCUCGCUCUUUGCCGCUGUUGCCUGCUCUGGGACACACUCUGGGCUGGUUUUCUCCGUCAUGCUAUUGCAGCCAUUGCUCUUGGUUUGCUUGUCCUUCCAUGUCAAUUUUGUGGGCGUAGAUGGCAUGGACAUUCUUUAAUCUAAAGCAUUAUAUGUAACAUGGGUUUGAAAUUGUAAGUAUUUGAAACACACACGAGUUUAUAUAUAUAUAUAAAAGAGUGAAGCAAACUUCUACCUUUUGUGCUUCUUUGAGUAUAGUUUUUUUUGCCUUCGUCGCCUCA